AUGGCAAUGAACAACUAUCAAUGGAGCUUAACUCGAUCCAAACCUGUAAAAUCUGCGGGGAUCUAUAGUCUUGAUGCAAUAACAUCCUUGGCAAUGCAAGUGGAAGCCUUAGGGAAGAAGAUUGAUGGUCUAUCUGUUAACCAUCAAGUUGCUCCGGUAAUGAGAUGUGAUAUUUGUGGAGGAAACCACCCUAAUCAUGAGUGUCGAGCUACUCAGGAAGAACAUGCCAAUGUGAUAGGAAACAUACCACCUUACCAAAAUUAUAAUGGCAUGAAUAAUCCAGAACAUUACAAGAGAAGGGGAAGCAAGAAACAGAAAAAAGAUGCAGUUGAAGAGGAGGAUAAAUGUCAAGAGGAGACUGUGGUAAAGCACCCUGUAGUGAAAGAAUUCAUACCCCAACUUCCCUACCCAACAAGAUUGAAGAAAGACAAGGAUGAUGAACAAUUUGGUAAAUUUCUAUCCUUAUUUCGUCAACUUCAUAUUAAUUUACCGUUUGUUGAUGCCUUGGCACAAAUGCCCAAGUACGCCAAAUUUCUGAAGGAUCUACUGUCCAACAAGAAGAAAUUGGAGGAGUUGGCCACAAUAACUCUGAAUGAAGAAUGCUCAGCAAUUCUGCAAAACAAGAUGCCAGAAAAAUUGAAGGUUCCAGGGAGUUUUACUCUUCCUUGUCUCAUUGAUAGAUUGAUAGUUGAUAGGGCUUUAGCUGAUUUAGGUGCUAGCAUUAAUUUGAUGCCAUAUUCUGUUUUUAAGAAAUUAGGUUUAGGGGAACCUAGGCCAACUAGGAUGAGUAUUCAACUAGCUGAUAGGUCAAUUAAAUAUCCUAGGGGUAUCAUUGAGGAUGUGCUUGUAAAAGUGAACAAAUUUAUUUUUCCUGUUGAUUUUGUGAUUCUUGAUAUGGAUGAGGACACUAAUGUCUCGUUGAUCUUAGGUCAUCCAUUUUUAGCUACUACAGGGGCUAUAAUUGAUGUGAGGGAUGGAAAGUUAAUUUUAAGGGAAUUCUUGAUUUUAAACCCAUUGAAAAGAAGCUUAGUUCAUGAUAGAGGAAAAAAUGAUAUGAGCUUGGUAACUCAAGAACAGUGGUGUCAUUUAGAAGCCACUAAGCCAUUAUGGAGAAAGAGAGACUUCAAAGAUUUGGAAUGGAAAUCAGAGAAGCAACCCAACCCAUCCAUUAAUGAACCACCAGAUGAAAAAUUGAAGGAUUUAUAUUGCUUUUGUCUGUUUACUGCUUCUGUUUCUUUAUUGCAUUAUUUUGAUCGUUCUACUUCUCUUGUCAUUCUGAACUAA